UGUAACCCCCUAAUAGGACUAAUUGAGUGGAAGACAUAUAAUCUGCCAGACCCCUCUAUUUUGCCGGUAGCAUUGUAAAGAUGUCCCUUCAGGCAAUUGCUAAGCCACUAAUCAUGCGGACAAGGAUCGCACUUUUUUCCGGUUUUCUCACGCUAGUACCAUGCUGUAAUACGUCCAACCGGUAGGCGUGAGCGCUUAACCAAAGAUUAAGACUUAGUCAUCAUCACACGUCACCUCCCAAACAUUCAUUCAUCAACAUGGAGGCACGUUUUCUGGAUCUCGUUCGUAACAACGACGUCUCGCAUGUGUCUGCUGCCCUCGGCGAGGCGAACGCCAGCCCAGAGGUCUCUCUCGACCUCGGGACGCUUCGGGACGACUUCGGCAGGUCAGUCCUGGAGCUGGCCGUGGAUUCUGGGUCUCGGGAAGUGGCCGAGGUUCUGUUGGACCAUGGCGCGCCCGUGGGUGACGCCCUGCUGUACGCCAUCGAUAGGCAGGACGUCGGCGCAGUGCGGAUCCUGAAAGAGAGAGCGUUAACAGAGAGCGUACGUCGGACGUACAAUGUAGACCCUCAAAUUGGUAGCAGCGCUUUCCCCAGCUACAUGACUCCGGUAAUACUGGCGGCCCUGAAGAACAACUACCCUAUCCUGAAGAUGCUGCUUCAGGCGGGCUUCCCUGCACCUGUUCCAGAUGACUACAAAUGGUCAACCGACAUCAGCGAGUCCAUCGCCUGGCUAGACGCCUACCGCGCCGUGUGCAGUCCGUCCUACAUCCUCCUCACCAGCCCCGACCCGUUCCUUACGGCCUUCCGGACGGCUAAGGCCGUGCGAGACGUCCUCUGGAAGCGGGAGCACUACCGGACCGAGCUGAAGGAGCUAGCGGACCAGUGUGAGGCGUUCGCCCGCGAGCUGCUGAGCGAAGCACGCUCAACGAAAGAAACCGAGGCCGUCCUCGAGCACCUCUGCAGUCCAGAGGACUCCCCACACAGACGGUCUGUCUCUACUCUCCAGCUAGCCGUGGACCUCCAGUUAAAGCAGCUCGACGUCUAUACAGACCAGGAGACGGUCGCCGAUGUUUGGAUUCGCAAAGCGAUGGAAAACAGUUUCCAGCCGAUCGCAGUGGCAGAAGUCCUUUUCUCCAUCUUCACGAUCGUCGUGUUUCUGCGAGCCGUGUCGCUGUUCAUGUACCAACGUUUCCUGGGGAUGUUGCUGAUCUCCAUCGGACGAAUGACUGUAGACAUCACGAAGUUCAUGGCUAUAGGCUGGCUGAUUCUGUUCGCCUUUGCCUGCGGGAUGAACCAGCUGUACUGGUCCUACGGGACGAUGCACCACUACCUCUGUUCAAACUACUCCCAGAGCAACCUGCAAAGUUUGGGCUGUUCCAAGUCUCUCGGUUUCGACACACUUAUGAACUCCUUUCAGUCCCUGUCCUGGGCUAGUUUCGGUCUUAUUGACCUGUCCGUGCUGGACCUAAAGCCGGGGACCAGUCCGGUCAAAGAGUUCCAGAUACAUGAAUGGCCUGCCAUCACGGAGACUACCGGCAAACUGGUGUUUGGAUUCUUUGAAGUCAUCGGGGUGCUGAUACUGAUCAACCUGCUCAUCGCCAUCAUGAGCGACUCGUAUACGAGGACAGAGGAGGUAAAACGCACUGACUGGGCCUUUGUAGUGAUGAAAGAUGUGCUGCGCUACAUGAACUUGGAAGUGUCCCUGCCGCCACCCUUCGCCCUCAUCAUGUCUGUGAGGAACGCUCUGGUCCGUCUGGUUUUGGCGCUGUGCUGUCGGCGAAACAAUCCUCCUGAUUCAGACACUAAUGUAGAGAGAGCCGUCCAUCCGUCACAGUCACCACAGACAGUGAAACAGGAUGUGUACAAACGUCUAAGGACCACUGUAGUUUUAACCAUGGCCAUGGAGGGCCGGUUUUUGACACUCGUCCGUAACAACAACGCCACAGAACUAUCUGAGCUUCUGUGGGAACUCGGCAACGGUCCUCAUGACUUCAGGCUGUUUACUGAUAAGUUCGGACGGUCUGGGUUGGAGUUUGCCGUUGACUGUGGCUCCCUGGAGGCGGCCGGUGUUCUGUUGGAUCACGGUGCGCCUGUCGGGGCCGCUUUGCUGCACGCCGUGGACAGGGAAGACCUGGCCGCUGUACAGAUGUUGGUGGACAGGGUUCCUAGGGAUGCCGCCACCCCUCCAGAUGACAGGGAACAUGAGCUCGGCAGCAGCGCUUUCCCCGGCCACAUGACUCCGGUAAUGCUGGCAGCCUUGAAGAACAACUACGCCGUCCUGGAGAUGCUGCUUCAGGCGGGCUUCCCUAGACCUGUACCAGACGCUUACCAGUGGACACUCUCCGUCAGCCAAGCCAACGCCUGGCUAGACGCCCAACGUGCGGCGUGCAGUCCGUCCUACAUCCUCCUCACCAGCCCCGACCCGUUCCGUACGGCCUUCCGGACGGCCAAGGCUCUCCGAGACCACUGCUGGAAGCGGGAGCAGUACCGUACCGAGCUGGAGGAGUUGGCGGACGGGUGUGAGACGUUCGCCUGCGAGCUGCUGGAAGAAGUGCGCACCGAGGAAGAACUGGACAUCCUGGGGCACACAGACGAUCCGGAAGCCCGGUCCGAUGAGACGGUUGGCAUGCUACAAUUGGCCGCGGACCUCAAGCUACGACAGUUCGUGACACAGCCCUUUUGUGUGGAGUACAUCGUGCAGUCAAAGCUCAAGGACGUGGUAGAGUUCUUUGGAGUAGUCGGCAAUUGGCAGGAGCAGUCUGUUGUCUUUGCGGCCCUUUGGGGGGUAGCAAUUCCACUGUCAUACCCACUCCUGUCCCUGGCGUAUAUAAUAGCACCGGAAUCUAAGAUUGGCAGGUUCUCGAGACUACACUUCGUCCGCGAGUACUCCUGGAACAUGUCCUGGUUCGUGCUGAUGGCCUUGCUGUUGUUUGAGACCCAGAACAUUCAGAUCGGAGAGGCUGAAGUCGACAGUAUCGCACAGGGCACACCGUUACCCACACCGUUCGUGCCAAUAGCGGUAGAAAUCAUCCACGUGCUGUGGGUGGCUGGCAUCCUUUUGGAAGAGCUACGCGAAGUUGAGCAGGAGGGUUUGGUGAGGCACUUCAAACAGUUUUGGAACGUUGUUGACUUCUUCAUCGUGGCCCUGUACCUGGCACAGUUCGCACUUCUGUUUUUGGCUACCCAGCUCGAUGACUACGACGAUACUUUCGCCACUAAAUGGAUGAUAAAGGCGAAACCUCACACUUUCCAGCCGGUUGUACUGUCUGACGUCCUCUUCUCCCUCUUCGUCAUCGCCGUGUUCCUGCGAACCGUCUCCAUCUUCACCCACAACAGAUACCUGGGCACCCUGAUGAUCUCCGUCGGUAGGAUGUUCUCGGACAUCGUGAACUUCAUCACCAUGGCCAUCUUGGUCACGUUCGCCUUCGCGGUCGGGUUGAACCAGCUCUACUGGUUCUACGGCGCUGUUCACGAGUACCUGUGUGAGAGGUAUCCCAAUGGUAACCUCAAAACAGUGGACUGUCAAACGUCGCAUGGAUUCAGCACUCUUGUCAGUACCAUGGUGAGCCUGUUCUGGACAGCCUUCGGUAUGGGUGACCUGUCCAUGCUGGAGCUGAAGCCCGGCAACAGUACGCUGGAGGUUUUCCGGAUCCUGGAACAGCCCCGUCUCACGGAGACGGUGGGCAAGCUCAUAUUUGCGCUGUUCCAUGUGACGGUGGUUCUGGUGCUGCUGAACCUGCUCAUCGCCAUCAUGAGCGACUCUUACCAGAGAACACAGGAGGACAAGCGAAGAGACUGGACGUUCUUGAUCAUAAAGAACAUGCUGUUCUACAUGCGGGUUGACCUGUCCCUGGCGCCGCCCUUCAACGUGCUCCUGUUUGUAAAGACCGGCGUGAGUCGCCUCCUGUGUGCCGUGUGCCGCCGGGGAAACAGACACCCUCCCCACACAACUGCACCGGGAGGCGUCAUCAAUCCACCGUCACCGUCUCAACGAGAAAGGCAAGAAAUCUUCAAGAUUAUAAUAGACCGUCUGGCGAACAGAUACCUACUGCGGAAAGAAAGGCAAAUGGAAAAUCAGGGCUGA